CAUGUUUAACUCAACACGUAUCCAUAUAAUUGAGUGGCCCUUCUAUUCCUGAGAAGUCACAGUGCACUGUGUUUUGGAAAGGUCGUCCUUCGAGGAUACAACUGAUUUUUUUCCAUCCACAUCGACCCAUAAGACCAAUUGUAUCUUGUGUUAUAAAGACAUGGGCAACCCAUACCACAAUGCCCGUGAAGAAAACUACCUCGGCGAACGGGAUGAGGAUGCAGAGCUCGCUACGAACAUACAUUUAAUGAACACAAAGCCAAACAGGAUCGUAAUCCCAUCCAUACUCGAUGGGAAAGAAGACACAGACUUGGAAUACCUUCCCUAUAUUCGAGACAGGACAUUGACUUCUAGUUCCGGUUCACUACGGCAGUCCAUGGGAAGAGUUGUCCUCCCUUCUCUGGGCAACAAUCUUGGAAACUCAGAUGCGGAUGAUAAAACAAAGAAUUUUAUGGACGAAACCGAAUUGAGAAGAUGUGGGUCUGAUGGUGAUGGAGAAUACAGUACAUUGACUGAUGGAAUCGCUGGGUUGGGAAGAAAAAAGAAAUCUAUCACCUUUUUUACUGAUAUUUCUGGUCUUGGUCAUUCGUCCGAGGAGGAGAAUGAAGGGGAAAUCCCAGAAACGAGAGCCAUGGAGGUGUUUGUUAAGUACAAAGGCUCAUCGGAGAAGUAUAGAGCUAAACAGAAGAGUCUUGAAAUAAGGGUUGAUAUUCCCAUCAGUAGGCCUUAUAGCAUCACCUCAUCAGCAACUGCAUCGAGAGAAACACUUCUGACCUCUCCGGAGGUUUACAGCGCAAGGAUGAAUUCAGAUAAAUGGUGCAGUUGUUUGUAUGUUAAUGCUAAAAUGGUCGAGUGCAGAGAGUGUUGUAUGAAGGGCGGACAUGAGCUGUGGUGUAUCUCCCGGACAGGGAUAUGUGCUGAUUGCGGGAAACCAAUUAAAGGGGAUGGAAUCAAAUCUUCCAGCUCUUUCGUCAAAUCACCAACAAAGAUAAGAAGAAGUCUGACUAGUUCAUCCCACAACUCUGUUACAUGCUCGGGGAAACAUACAACCUUAGUUGACAAAACAGAAGAUUCUGGUCCCUUGGCAAAGACCGAGAAAAGUAAGAAGAAGAACGCUAAGAAGGUAGACACGGGAGCGGAUCAACUCAAGGCACCAGAUGCAGUUGAAAGGGGUGGGUCUCGAGUUAGUACCAGACGCUCCUUCAGGUCAGAUGCAAACUCUUCAGCCUCAACCAUAGAUCCUAACAUCCACAGACAGGCAUACCUUUUGGCUCUGGCAGAUGCUGGAUUCAAGAAGUGGAAGAAGGGUCCUUUGAUGUAUCAUACCAACAAUCGACGUUACUUCUCAUAUUUUCCGUUGUGGAAGAACCCUAAGCCUCAGGAAGAAGACACUCCUAGGAUUGGCAUCAGGGGUGAUGAUGGGAAGAAGUUGAAAAUAAAAGAUGGUAUGAAGCAUAUUCUUGGUCCGGUGAAAGUGUCGGAGUACUACCCUACAGGGAAAAGGUUCCCUAAAAUCAAAGAGGAUCCCCUUUAACUCUGAUGACAAUUUGAUUGAUAGACAAAGUGAUCUAUCAACACAAAAACAUUAUGCUGACACGACUAACAUCAUCAACUGACGAUCAUAAGAAAGAAUACCGAUCAGCUUUUCAAAACUCUGAAUAAAAAAACCAACCCAAUGUUGAUGCAAAUGUUGUAUUUGAAAGUAUAAUCAUUUGGCGAGAUAUAACCUCUGAUGAACACACUAUUGACCAUCAGGUGUCAACAUCACAGAUUCCACACAGCACCAGGGGUAAAAUGGGCGAUUUCACAGAUUACACUCAGGACCACAUGUGAGUUUCCACACGACGUCGGACAGAGAUCGUUAGGCGUCUAAUGACGUCAUCAGGAAUUUCCCUUCAUUGCUCUCUCGGUGCUUGCAAGAUCUCUGUCUGUUCAUUUGAGGAUUGGGACGGCGUCGGAUACUCUGGUCAAGAUGAUCCUAAAUGUGUUUUGUGGGUGACAUGGCUGGCGAAAGCCCUGGCCUUUGCUAUACACUGACGUUGUUUGUGGCCAGAAACUGGUGUACAACACAAGUGAGAGAUCUUGCUUUGUCCUGUUGGGCUUCAGAAAGCACUUGAUUGCUUUGAAACGUAUUGUAAUUUGUGGAAUUAGUUGUAAACACUGAUAAAACGAAGGUCCGUAUUCUCGGUGGAACUUAAACUGACAAAAAAGGAAAUCUAUUUUGAAUGACAAUUAUUUGGAUUUGUGGAUGAAUUUUAGUAUCUUUGUAUUUAUUUCCAAAGUCAAAAUAAAUUUUCCUAAUCUGUUA